AUGUCUAGAAGUCACAUUAUAUACUUGUUUUGUUUACAGCUAAAAACGUAUUAUUCAUAUACAACCAGUUAUGAUCUCACAAGGCUACGAGUAGCGCAGGCUAAAACUGGUAUUUGCCAACAACUCGGGUGGGUUUCUAUUUCAUUAUUUUCAACUAUGGAACGACUCAGUGUAUCCCUUGGCCUGAGGUAUGUUACUGUUGCGACAUUAAUUUUCAUUGCAGGGAUAGUUUCGGUUAUUUUAUUUCUUUGUCUACUUGGAAUGUUGUUAGUGAUUUCCAUAGUUAUGCCAUCGAAAGCACACAUUGUUCUAGAACAUAGCUCUUCAGAUCUGGCAUCCAAGGAGCUAAAUACAAGUGUGGUCGAGUUUCAAUGGAGAGUUGAGCUUAGAUCCCCAUUCAAGGAAAUCUUAGCCAGAAUAUUAAGGAUUUCUACUGUUUUAGAUGCGUACUGUUGUACUUUAGGGUUGCAUUUUUCCAUUUUUGAAAUACUGGAUUCUCCAGGAAAGUACGCCAACAGCCAUGUUAAGGAAAACAUGAACAAGACAAUUUUAGAGUCCGGAAUUAUCUAUGAUCCCGAGCUAGAUGACAGCACGGAAGAGAAAUUCACUAACAUCAAGACAUGCCAUUAUACCGAAGCUCAGCGUGCACUUUUACAAUUCCAGCGAACCAAAUCUGAACCUAUAGUAUUCAAAUACGGCCAUCCUUACACUGUUGAUGAUUUUGAUGACGAUUUUGAGGGUACAUUUGAUCUCACAAUUCUAGAGGACCGAUGUGCGAAGAAGCAGCUCGAUAAUGAUACUGAAUAUGAUGAUUUUACGGUGGAUUCCUCGGGAAAGAGUGAGGAGUUAGGAACGACUGAUGCCAGCACCAGCAACUUCAUUACGCAUAUAAUGCCAAAAGUUAAUGACCGGAAACAGGGGUAUGUAUAUCAGUUAAUCCCAAGUAAAUCCAGUAUUAUUAGCACUGCAUUAUCUCAUGAACAGGCGAAUGCUCAACCGUUUUUGUAUUAG